UUCUUCUCUCAUCUUUCUAAAGCAAACCAAUACGAAAGCAAACUCUCUGCCAUUUAUUUAUACAUUUGUCUAUUUAUCUGAAAUUUUCUCUUUUAUAAUUAGCCAACGCCUGCCAUUUUUGUUUUCUGUUUUCAUUUGUGCAUAAUAAGUUUGAUUUAUCUAUCUAACUAUCUGCAAUGGCCGAAAUGAAAGAUGCCCACAUUGUAGAAAUCCCAGUAGAUGAAGAGCAACAGCACAAACUCUUGUCUGCCAUGAACACAAUCUCGGCGGCAAUCCAACACCACCCACUAAUGGAAAUCUCUGAGAGCCCCGGCCAUCUCUUGCUCCUUAAACUCUGGCAAAGAGAAGAGGACAUUUUCGGCCGGCGCAUCGCCCUUAAAGAGACUAGAUUGGACUCUAUCAAAAGAGAACUUUUCCAACUGUGCUGUUUCUUUUUCAUCUUUCAUGGGUUUUUCUUGACCAUCCUGUUUAACUCUUCGGUUAACUCCCAAGAGGAGGAUACUUCCCACACUUGCAUGAAAUGGUGGAUACCUGGUCUUUUAUCUGUCUCGACCUCGCUUGUGUUUGUGUUCUUGGUGCAGGUGAAGCUUUGGAGGUUUUGGAAGGUGUGGAAGCAGUUGCAGAGGGAGAGGACCGAUAGCCGGGCGGUCACGAGGUGUAUUCAGGAGUUGAGGAUGAAGGGGGCUAGCUUUGAUUUGUCUAAGGAGCCUCAUAGUGGAAAGAGGAUGAAGAGCUCGAGCGUCGAGAUCAAAUGGAAGCCGCUUACUUGGUUUUCUCGGUAUCUGAUAACCAUCGCUCUUGUUUGCUUUGCAGGUUUGGUAUUUCCGGCUACCAAGUUUAUCCUUUGCGGCUUCUGAUCGUUGGAAUUUUUCGUUUACUGGCGUUGUCUGUUAGAUCGUUCAAGGCUGUGAUGUUGGAGAAUGGGAACAAAAUGGAGCUGUGAGAUCAAUCUUCCAGUGUCGAAGUAAUAAGAACUUGUCAUUGCCAUUAUAAUUUAUAUCCAUUAUAUGCUUCCUUUACUAGAUUUGUCCUACUUUUAUGCAGUAUUUAUGAAGAAUUUCGGCAAUAUUUAUGAAGAUGAUAAUGGUAGAGAUCUGAGUCCAUUGCUUCGGUUCAAUCUCUCCUAGGGGAUGAAGCCUCUUCGGUCCGAUAAUUAUUAGUAUUCAUAAAACAAGCAAAUUUAUGCACCGUUGGAAGUUCUGAUUACACAUCCGGCCUGAAAGCUGAAGAAAUUGAUCAGAUUCUUCCCAUCUCUAAAUUCUGCUGCAGAUUCCAAUGAGAGCUGCUGCCUGAGUGAGCGGAAUUGUGAUAGCUAAAUCACACAUUUAAGAUUACUCUGCAAUUCAGUGUGCCCUGAUCCCGAAUACUUCAGCCAGAAAAAUUAUACUCCAGAUUUGGUGCCAGAAUUCUUUUACUUGGCGCAGCUAUCUUGGCCUCAAACCAGAGACCUAGUCCGUGAAGCAAAUCAGUCCAACCAAUUAGGAUAGAAUCAAUAGAUUCCUUUUUCAGGAGCGACUCUUCCUUCCCAAACGCAGCAUUACAACUCUCCGGUGUAUUAGCUAGAAAGCUUUUACAGUCCAUCGUUAAUGGAGGUCUUGUAUAACAAUUUAAUUAGGAUGUUCCUAGUAAGCAACACUGCCUGUGUGCUCACUUCUUGCUUUACAAUAAAUUUAGUUAUUCUAAAUUCCAUGC